GGGAGUAAAGGGUCUUCCGCUGCUGCGUGUGAUAUUACAUCGGAUUAUUUCCUCGUCUUUUGUGAAAAAAUCCGCAGUAGGUGUGAUACGGGUGAAUAAAUUAAAAAUAAUCAUGGCCCAACUGUCGCUACGUCUGGUCGCCUCGGUGGCUAAAUUAUUACCAAAUGCCACAACCCAGGUUCACUGGCCUGCCAGCGCAAUAGCAGUUCGCAAAUACCAUGUCAGCUGCAGCAGAAGAUCCGCAGAGAUAUCUGCUAUCCUGGAGGAGCGUAUCCUGGGAUCAGCCCCAAAGGCUAACCUCGAGGAGACUGGCAGAGUCCUGAGCAUUGGAGAUGGUAUCGCUCGUGUGUAUGGUCUCAAGAAUAUCCAGGCCGACGAGAUGGUGGAGUUCAGCUCUGGUCUCAAGGGUAUGGCCUUGAAUUUGGAGCCUGACAACGUUGGUAUUGUCGUAUUCGGUAACGACAGGCACAUAAUGGAGGGUGACAUUGUGAAACGUACCGGUGCUAUCGUCGACGUGCCAGUGGGUGAUGAACUCCUUGGACGUGUUGUUGAUGCCCUUGGAAAUCCAAUCGACGGUAAAGGGCCACUGGGUGCUAAACAGAGAUUCCGUAUUGGUACCAAAGCUCCCGGUAUUAUCCCCAGAGAAUCGGUUAGGGAGCCCAUGCAGACUGGUAUCAAAGCUGUGGACUCUCUGGUGCCAAUUGGUCGUGGCCAGCGUGAGCUGAUCAUCGGUGACAGGCAGACCGGAAAAACUGCUCUGGCCAUCGACACCAUCAUCAAUCAGAAACGUUUCAACGAUGCUGGUGAGGAAAAGAAAAAACUCUACUGCAUCUACGUCGCCAUUGGUCAGAAGAGAUCAACAGUCGCCCAAAUCGUGAAGAGAUUGACAGACAGCGGUGCCAUAAAUUACACAAUCAUCGUCUCAGCAACUGCAUCAGAUGCUGCACCCCUGCAGUAUUUGGCUCCAUACUCUGGCUGCGCCAUGGGUGAAUUUUUCCGAGACAAUGGCAAACACGCCUUAAUCAUCUACGACGAUUUAUCAAAACAGGCUGUUGCCUAUCGCCAGAUGUCCCUCCUCCUGAGACGACCACCAGGACGUGAAGCCUAUCCUGGUGAUGUAUUCUAUCUUCACUCGCGUCUUCUCGAACGUGCUGCUAAAAUGAAUCAGACACUUGGUGGAGGUUCUCUCACUGCCCUUCCCAUCAUCGAGACACAAGCUGGUGAUGUCUCUGCUUACAUUCCCACCAAUGUCAUCUCCAUUACUGAUGGACAAAUAUUCUUGGAGACUGAGCUCUUCUACAAGGGUAUCCGUCCAGCUAUCAAUGUCGGUCUCUCUGUAUCACGUGUCGGUUCAGCUGCUCAGACAAAAGCUAUGAAACAAGUCGCUGGAUCCAUGAAACUCGAGCUUGCCCAAUACCGAGAGGUAGCUGCUUUUGCACAGUUUGGAUCUGAUCUGGAUGCUGCCACACAACAGCUGCUCAGUCGAGGUGUUCGACUCACAGAACUCCUCAAACAAGGGCAAUACGUACCAAUGGCUAUUGAGGAGCAAGUAGCUGUAAUUUACUGCGGUGUCCGUGGAUAUCUCGACAAGAUGGACCCAACAAAAAUCACCGCCUUCGAAAAGGAAUUCCUGGCACACAUCAGGACAUCCCACAAGGAUCUCACAGCUACAAUUGCCAAGGAAAAUGUUAUCAGCGAAGCGUCCGACGCUAAACUCAAGAAGAUCGUCACCGAUUUUCUCGCUUCAUUCAACGCGUAAUUUGUUUACCACAAAAUUGUACCCAAUAAAUAGUUAUUAAACAGAAAAGACGAAGAAAACAGCGUUGCAAAGUACCACAGGGUGGCUUCAGUAUCGAAGACAUUGAAUCAUCAGUGAUGUAUGUUUAUUAGUGAAAACAUUCUCGCCACUAAUUUUUCAUGAAUAUAAAUCUAAGUAACGAGAUUGGAUUUUAAAUCGAAAUUAGUAUUAAAUACGUGAAAGUCACGAGGAUAAACAUGCGUUCAUUAUUUUGAUGAGAUUGUUACCUCAUUUUGUUAAAAUGUGAUGUAAUUCCUGUAGAUGCAAUUGAACAAUUGAAAUAUGGAAUAAAAUUCAAAUGAACUUGAGUUCUUUGAAGAUAGGAGAAAGAA